UUUCAAUAUGCUUUGGUUUUACUUGUGCUUUUCUGAACAAGUUUAGUUUCUUACUUGAACAACUAUAAAAGGUUAUGAAAUCUUGAUAAUUCAUGCCAAACCAGGUUUUCUCAUGUUAUUAGUUGCAAUCUGAAUUUGAUACGAUGGAACAAAUUUCCUUAUUUAAUGAAGAGAAGACACUAGUUUUAGUUGGACGAAUUGGAAAUGGUAAAAGUACAACUGGAAAUAGCAUUCUUGGAAGAAAUGCCUUCAAACUAAGAACGCGUUCUUCUAGUGAAUCACAUAUUUGUGAAUUACAGAAAAAUGUUACAAAAGAUGGUUCAAUUAUUAAUGUUAUUAACACUCCAGGACUUUUUGAUGGAAGUGACUCUGUUGGAAAAGAAAUAAUUGAAUGUAUUGAUGUGGCUAAAGAUGGAAUUCAUGCAAUUCUUGUGGUAUUCUCUGUGAGAACUCGUUUUUCUGAAGAGGAAGAAGCUACUUUACGUGUCGUGCAAACUUUGUUUGGACAUAAAAUAACUGAUUACAUGAUUUUAGUCUUCACUGGAGGAGAUGAACUUGAAUAUAAUGAUGAGACACUAGAAGAUUAUUUAGGUGGAUGUCCUCAACCUCUUAAGGAUAUUUUACUCCAAUGUGACAAUCGCAAAGUGCUAUUUGAUAAUAAGACUAAAGAUGAAAAGAAGCAACUACAACAAGUUCAACAACUUAUGAAUCUUGUGAACAUGGUCAUGUCAAAGAAUAAUGGACAACCAUAUACAAAUAAGACAUUUGUGAGAUGGCAGGAAGGAUCACAACUGAAAGAAGAAAUCACAAAUCUUUUAGAAACAUUGGAAGAAGAAAGAGUUCAAAGACUUAUGAUUGAAGAAAAAUUGAAGUUAGCACAAGCUUCAUUGAAUGAUGAAAUUCAAAAAUUAAGAUAUAAUCAUGAGUUAGCAAAUACAAGACCACAUAUACUUCAACAACUUAUGUCUAUGUGUGGCAUUCUCUAAUGUUGACACUAUUUUAUCUUUACAAUUCAAGUAUUUUAAUGUAUAAUACUACAUUAUUUGUGUAUACAAUGUAUGAUGUGUGUCAUGUAUUGCCAUAGACUUGUGUAUUUUACCGUUUAAAGUAUUGUAUUCAAAUAAAUAAAAUGUAUGUUAUGAUCCA